AUGAAGUUCCUUCUCUUUGCCCUUCCUAUCCUCGCCCAGCCGUUCAAUCCUUCGCCCCGGACCGGUACCGCGACUGGAACACCCCCCCGGGACCACGGCGGCUUCCUCCCCAAACGCAAGAACCGCACCUGCAAACUCAAGUAUCUCGACAACAGCGGCAAAUGGAGCAGUUGGGCCGAUGUAGGAGGGGAGCUUGACUCGGUGCCGGCGAGCUGCAGUCGCAAGAGGGACAAUUACCACAUCUUUUGCAAGGGAACGGAUGGUCAGAUUUAG